UUACGAUGUACUUAUUUAAAUUAUGUGUGAGUCUAGAUGUCGGCCUGUCAGAAGCAAAAAUUGUCAGCGCCCAUUAACUAUAAUAAUGUCAUAAGAUAAGAUCUUGAAGUAAAAUGAAAAUACGUCCACUUUUCAUCAUCGCACCACUCGCCAUCGACAGGGCGCUCAUCCAUACACCUUGCAACCUAAGUGGUCGCGUACCGUGCGGUUUCAGAGGAAUUUCCUCCUGGCGGACGCUCCGGCUGUGGAAUGAUCUCUCUGUCAAGGUAUAGGAGAUAUUAUGGGCAGAUACUAUAAACUAAUAGUUAUUGCCAAACUCCUACAAUUAAAUAAUAAACACAAUAAACAUUUUGUGACAAAGAAAAAUAAUCAGUUGUUUUUAGCACAUGUCAGGCGUCAGAUGAAAACUCUUCGAAUCAUAGACAUCUAACCGCAAAGGUCUGACCGCCACACUACUCCCCCACCGAGACCGUUGCUACGGUCGAUAGUCGAGAAGAUGAAGCGGGAAAUGUACAUUUCGGCCACUUCGAGUCCUUUUUGCCAUUGUCAGUUCAUGGUUUGGCUGCGGGUUGGAAGGAGGAGGUGCAGGCAAUUCUUGGUUAACUUGCUCUGAUGCGGGCGGCUGUGAAUUUGAAUGGGUAUUAGGCAAAGCAGAGCGGGAGUUACAACCCUCUAAAACGUACGUCUUUUGAUAUGAUAUGAAUACUGGCUUUAACCUGUCUAUAGUCACCGUAUCUGCUUUUCCUGCAAUCUCAAUUUUAAAUGUUUUGUUUCCUCUUUCUAAUACUUUGUAUGGGCCAGUGUAUGGAGAUUCAAGAACUCCUUUGACUGGCGCAUGACGUAGGAAAACGUAGUCCGCGGAGCACAGAUCUUUUGGGAUGUAAAAAGCCUUCUGUGAGUGACGAGUGCCAGGAACUGGAAUUAUUUUGGUUAAUAUGAUUGCGAAGCCUUGCCGCAAAAUUGCAGUAGUAACCGGAGCGUUUUCUGGGAGCUUGAAGAAGUCACCAGGUAGACGUAAUGGCUCGCCGUACACGAGUUCUGAUGCCGAAGACUGGAUAUCUUCUUUCCAAGCACUGCGGAUUCCAAGACGUACCAAAGAUAUUUAUGACAGCUGUCUGCAGCAACGCUUUAGAAUCCAAUAAUAUAUGUGAAGGAAAUCCCUGCGAAAUAAAAAGCCCUGAUUACAACCAGGAGGAAAGAGGUGAUUCGCGAUAUCACCGUAUGCGUCGAUCUUCUGACACUGAUUCCUGUGAGUCCGUUACAGAGGAGGAAACUUUUACAAACGAGGUUCCUGGUACUCCAAAAACCAAUCUGAACAACAUCUUAACUCAGAAAAUAAAAACUACACGUUGCACAAAUGAAGGGCAUGAGUGCCAUGAAACGUUGUCCAUCCUGUUGGGAUAUACCUAUACCUGCAGGACGAAGACCUCCAUACAAGCACUGAAUUUCAAAAAUGAUUAUAAUGAGUCGAUUACAGUUCCUAUAAAUGUGGCUUGUGAAUGCGUCAGAGAAUAAGAUAUUAAAGAUAAAUUCUAAAAC